AUGAGUGUACUAAAACGAUGCCAAGUGGUGCUUCCAUCUCAAGAUGUGUUGACAGUAUGGGUUGACGAGAAAAAUACAGUUGAGAGACUUCUUAGAUUGCUUUUGAAAAAAAACAAAAAUCUUUUAAAAGAAGCAACAUGUCAAUAUGAAAUUAAGGAAGAAGAAUGGACAAUUGUUAGUGUAUCUCGAAAAUCCGAUGAGAAAGGUGCAUUUCUGUUAGAAUUAGGAAAAAAACUGAAUUUUUGGGAAUCUUUGCUUGAAACAUAUUCUUUUUUUGAAUCAGAAGUGAACAAAGAACCUCACGAUAAGAUAGAAGCGUUUUCAACGGAUACAGGGCCUUUGUGCCUAAUGCUUGUUCAUAGACCGUCAAUAGUUAAUUUAAGAUUUGUUGAUUUGCCUUUUAUGUCAAAAAAUUCUGAUGCAAAAUGGUAUGUUUUAGCUAAAUCAUCUAUUGAAUCAUUUGCAAUAUCUAUCCGACAAGUUCUUGGUAUGGAUGAUUCUGUAAUGGACAGCGAGACAGGAUUUAGCAUUGUCUGUGAGAUUUCAUAUGUACUAGGCACAUCUGGAAAUGAAGUUUCUAUAUUUAAUAGAUUAACACCUAUUUAUAAAUAUACAUCUUUAGAUAAUUCUUGCGGUCGAUUUGAAAUUAAAGUUUCUAACUCACGAAAUAAUAAAAUAGACAAUUUUACAUUUCUUCUUUCCAAGAGAUGGAAAUUUUCAAAAAACCAGCUAACAAAUUAUCACUCAAUGUUUCAUACUUGCUUAAAAUCAAAUAACGCUACCUUGUACAAAAACAUCCAAGAAAAUAUUAUUUUAAAUCCAAUAAUAACUACAUAUGAAUCAGUAUCUAAAAUAUUUACAAAUAAAAUUCCUCUUGAAAAUCAUAUACAGGGUCUAGAAUGCUGUACAGAGAAUGAAAUGUUUCCAAUUAGCAAAACUAUUCAACCGAAUACAUCAACAAAUUAUGUUUCCGUUGAAACACAAUUUAAAAGAAACUACAAUGAAAGAUAUUCAAAUUUCAGUAAUGAUGAUGCCUCUAAAAGUUUUGAUCUUUUACCGGAAGAUUUAAACCUUCAAGGAUUUGUCCAUCAGCAGAUGAUAGCCUUACCGGAUCAAAAAAAAAAGAUGUUAAUUUCUCAAGAUUUUAAAUCAAUAACUAUUAACAAAACAAGCAAAAAUAAUGUAAUUAAAAAUAUAACGUUUAGUUUAUCAGAAUUAAAACAAAAUAAUUCUGUUUAUACUAACUCACAAGGUAGUUCAUGGUCAUCUAGAAGACUUUCAUUAUUGAAUUGGUUAUCUUCCUAUACUUCAAAACAAAAUAAUCAAGCAUUUAGUUUGAUUGGUAGUACAGAAAACUUAUUUUUAUCGUGGUGGAAGUCAUCUGACAAUGACAUUGAUAAUAACCCUGUCUCUUUUAUUAAUAAAUUAAAGGAUAAAAAUAUUUCUUUAAAAUUAUUACAUAAAAAACUAAUAUCUUUAAGAAUGAUAUUAUCAACAUCAAAAAUAACGUGGACUAAUGAUUUUAUUGACAAAAAUGGACUAGUUUAUAUAGGAGAUAUCAUAAAAAGAUAUGUUGAUGAAAAAAAUAAAGAAAUCGAUUUAUUUGAUGCAAUUCAAGUAGAAUGUAUUAAAUGUUUAAAAAUAAUUCUAAAUACAAAGAAUGGUUUUGAUAAUAUUAUUAAGCAUGACAAAAAUAUUAUAAUCUCUAUUUCAAACUGUUUGAUUCGGAAAAAUUAUUUAAUUAAAAUUCAUGCUUGCGAAAUUCUUACUGUUUUUUGUGUAUUGUUUCUUCCUACUGGAUAUUUAUUAGUAUUAGAUGCUUUGAAUACAACUGCCUUAGUAAAAAAAGGUUUAGAAAAUUCUCAAAAACAUAUUUAUCAUACUCUUUUUUUGGAAUGGAUGAUUGAAUCAUUUGGGAUAUCCGAUUUAUCGUUUUCUUCUAUAGAUAUAAAUGCAUUUUCAAACUAUCAGUGGGAAUAUAUCCAGGCAGGAUUAACUUUAAUUAAUACUUUAAUCAAUUCUUUUAAAAACUUAGAUGAAAGAAUUUAUUUUAGAAAUAAUUUGAUAAAUAAAGGGUUAAAAAAUAUUUUACAGUAUUUAAAAAAAAAUUGCUUAUUAGAUAAAAUUCAUACUCAAAUUAAAACAUUUGAGAAAGGAGAAUUGAAAGAUGCGAAUAAAUUACGGCAAAUUAUAAUUACUACUAGAUUUAAAGAAGAUAUAUGCAUUACUGAUUUCUUGAAGAUAUUUUGUUCAACAAAAGGGAAAGUUGUUUUGAAUGAUAUAUCAAAUAUUUUAAGAAAUGUUGUAGAUAAUUUGAUAUCUAAUGAUGAUUAUCAACAAGAAAAAAAAAUAGAUAUUAUGAAAAUAUUUAUAGAGUCUUUGAAAUUAUUGGAUAAAGUUAAUGAAGAUUAUUGGCCUCAUUUUAUGUUAUCUUAUUUUAAAAAAAUUGAGCAUUUAGUUGGGAAAUAUUUAUUAAUAAAAAGUGUUAAUGUAUCAGAUUUUGUAUUUAUUCCAGAAAGUUUUACUACCGAAUUGGAGUUAUUACAUGAAAGAGUUCAAAAUUUUUCAAUAGAAAAAGAUAUUUUAGAAAAAGAGCUUUUAAAAAAAAAAGCGGAAAUCAAUACCCUUCGUUCUAUAUCGUUUGAUAUGUCUCUCCCAAAAACAGAAGUAUCUAGUUGUGAAUAUUUUUCAGGUGUGAUACAACGCUUGGUUCAAAAAGAAAAAGAGGUUAUGGAAUUGCAAAAUAAAAUUGAACAAUUUUCAAAGAAAACUUCAGAUAGAAAUAUUUUAGAUGAGAAAGAAAGACAUUGUUAUGUUGAAAGAAAUAAAAAAAUGGUUAUUUUAAUGGAGAAAAUAACAAAAUAUAAAUCAAAAAUUGAAAAAAUGAAAAGUACUUUAGAUUUUAAAGAAAAAGAAAUUUUAUAUUUAAAAAGAACUUUAGAAUCAAUUUAUACAAGAUAUAAGCAAGCACAGGUUUCUUUUGAAAAUAAUGAUUUAAUAAUUACAGAUAAGUUUGUUGAGAAUUCUAUCUUAAAUAGCACUUCAAAGAUUUUUAAUGAGAAAGAUCAUGAAAUUGCAAAAUUAAAGUCUAUUCUUGAGGGUUCAAAACAAAAAAUUGGAAUUAAAACUUUCAAAGGAAUAUCUUUGUUUUCAAAAUAUAAUAAAGUGGAAGUCACCAAAAUCCUUGAAACGAAAUUCGAAGAUAAUAAUUACAAUAAAAUUUUUAAUGUUGAUAUUUUUGAUAGUCAUAAUUCCAUUUCCAAAAAUUGUUCUAACGAAUUAAACAAAGAUCAAUAUAAUAAUAACAAAUUAGAAUCUAAUAAAUCUACAUUGCAUGUUUCUGAUUCAAUUGAACCUAAAAAUACAGAAAUAACUAUUCAACCAUUAAUAUGCAAUAUUAAUAAUGAUUUUGAGAAUAAAACUAGACUUGAUUUAUUUUCAGAAACAAGAACUUAUCAGGCUUCUCUAUCUUCCAUUUCUGAUGAUGUAUCAGAUAUAGAACAUAAUGAAAUUUCAUCUAAAUUAAAUAAUGUUUCAAUUAUAGAUUCAGUAUCUCUUUCUUUAGCGCCACCAAUACCUCCACCACCACCACUUCCAUCCUUAUUAUCUUCAUUAUCAUCAAUAUCUCCAUCUCCACCAACACCUCCACUUCCUCCAAUAUCUUUUCCAAUACUAUCAUCGCCAUUAUCAUCGCCAUUAUCAUCACCAUUAUCAUCUCCGUCAUUAUCACCAUUAUCAUCACCACCUACAUCGUCUUCUUUUACACCGCUUUUGUCACCGACUUCAAAUUCAUUAUAUUCUGUUUUACUUAAUGAUGAAUCAUUAGCAAAUGAUAAAUUUCUUAAUAAUUCUGUAAAUACAUGUACUCUAUUGAAUUUUAAAACUUUGUGCUCAGAAUUUAAUUUGGAUGUAUUACAAAAACAGCCUAAAAAGCCAUUAAAGCCUUUAUUUUGGUGUAAACUAUCUCCCCAAAAAAUAACUCAAACAGUAUGGGAAAAUGAUAUUUUGCUACCUUCUAUAAACUACUCUUUAAUAGCAAAUGAUCUUGAAAAAUAUUUUUAUAAAGAUAUACUUCAAUUAAAGUCAAAUUCUUGUAAUAUUAGUAAUAAUAAGAAAAUAGCGGCCAUUAGUUUAAUUGAAUUAAACCGUGCAAAUAAUACUGCAAUUAUGCUUUCUAGGAUUAAAUUAAAUUAUAAUGAAAUUAGAGAUGCAUUGUUGGAGUUGAAUGAUUCUAAGCUUAACAUAGAUAAUCUUAAAGCUAUUAAACAAAAUUUACCAACAACUGAAGAAAUUAGAAUAAUAAAAGAAUAUUCAGGGGAUGAAUCAACAUUAGGGAAUGCAGAAAGAUAUUUUAAAAAGAUUAUGGUAAUCCCACGGCUUAGUGAGCGUCUUGACUGUAUGAUAUAUCGACAACGUUUUGAACUUGAGAUUAAUGAAAUACAACCAGAUUUAGAAGUUUUAUAUAAUACUUGUUUUGAAUUAAAAAAAUCUUUAAAGUUUCAAAGUUUGCUUGGAUUUAUUCUUGUUAUCGGUAAUUAUCUUAACUUUUCGACAUUCAGAGGGAAUGCUAGUGGAUUUCAAAUUAAUGCAUUGUUAAAGCUAGUAGAUGUAAAAACUUCAGGGCUUUUUUUUAAAAAAAUCCCAAAUUUAUUACAUUAUAUAGUUAAUGUAUUUACAACUUAUUCGAAAGAAACGUUAUUUUUUUCAGAUGAAAUAACUCAUCUUUCAACUGCAUCUAAAAUAUCUUCUCAGACUCUGUUUAACACAAUUAAAUCUCUUUAUAAUGGACUUGAAAAUAUUCAUCAAGAAAUAUCUAUAUUAAAGAAUGAAGCAAUAUCAAAUACAGAUCGGUUUGUGGAUGUAAUGGGCGAUUUUUAUACUCAUGCUAUACCUAUUGUUAAUGAAAUUAAUUGUAUUUCGAAAAAAACAGAAACAUUUGUACGCGAAACUCUUUUAUAUUUUGGAGAAGACCCAAAUCAAACACUUAUUGAAGAUUUUUUUGGAAUAAUAAUGACAUUUAAUGACCUAAUAAAGAAAGCAAUAUCAUCUAAUGAAAAUGCUCAAACAAAACCUUAUAAUCAAAAAAAUCUACUCUUUAAAACACCAAGAUUAGUCCCUUCAAAAGAAUGCCUUAAUAAUACUAUUUAUGAGUUAACAGAAAGUAUUCGACAAAAAAGAAAUGGAACGACACAAUCAAAUAAUGCAUGA